AGACAUGGCUACUUGUUUAGCUAUAAAGCCCCUUCCGCCUCUCCAUGGCAAUCAACCUCGCCGGAAAAGCUAUUUUCUCCGGCCAGUGACGCGCUCAUCCUCCUCUCGCUUACCUUCGUUCGCCACAGCUUCGAAGAAAAGCGAAAGCCGAGGGACAUUCGCGGCAUCAGAAACUUCUUACUCCCUUCUCACGGCUGUCACAAGCCGCUAUAACGAAAUCGUUGUUCUAGACAAUCCCGAGUCGAGGAUUCUGCUUCUCGAUUCAUCCCACAAUAUUCAUAGCAUUCUUUCGAAGGAGAAAAAAUGGACAGGCUCAUACUGGGAUGAAUUUGCCAGCCUUCCGGCUAUUGUUCCAGAAGGUCCUAUUGCAGUUUUAGGUUUGGGUGGAGGAACUGCUGCUCAUUUGAUGCUUGAAUUGUGGCCUUCAAUAAAUUUUGAGGGUUGGGAGAUUGAUGAAAUUUUGAUUGACAUAGCAAGAGAAUAUUUUGCACUAUCUGACUUGGAGAAGGUCACGCAAGCAGGCGGCUCACUCUCCAUUCACAUUGGUGAUGCCCUUUCUCCAGAUGCAAAUGUUGAAGGAGGCUUUGCAGGCAUCAUUGUUGAUCUGUUUUCUGAUGGAAAGAUCUUUCCACAAUUACAGGAGGUUACUACAUGGCUGGACAUUGAGAAAAAACUGAUGCCUCGUGGUCGUAUUAUGGUCAAUUGUGGUGGUGUGCAUGCUGAAAUAACCGAUAGCGGAUAUAUAAAAGUAAAUGGAAAUAUUUCAUCAAAAGGAUCCUGGGUGCAGAAUUCUACAAUCAGAGCCAUGUGCAGAGCAUUUCCCAGCAAGUUAAGCUGGAAAAGAUUGGAGGGCAAAGACAGUGAAAACUAUCUUGCUCUUUCCGGGCCUGUGCCUGAUUUGGAUGCUUGGUCGGCAGCCUUGUCACAUCCAUUGGACAUGAAUGUUAAAGACUGGAGGCCUUGCAAGCUCGCAGCAUAAGUCUAUUAUUUCCAGUUUUCGCUCAAUCUUUAUUGAUCUCCUUGCAAAGCAUGGUGCCUACAUAUGUUGUCUUUUUUUGGCGUUUGGAGAGUGCAGAUACUUGCAAAGAUGAACUCGGUUUGCUGCAGUAAGGAAUCUUUUGGGGUUCUCUGACUGAAGCUUAUUCAAGUGGUUGGUGAGUGACGUAAAUCUCGAAGCAUGCUUGAAUCGAAAGAUAGAAAUUGAUGGUUUACACUUUACAUGAGUUCUAAUUAGUGUAGUUUUUUUCUUUAGCUUGUUUUUGUGUAAAGUAUGUCUAUGAUGCCGGCUCCUAUAUGAACAGAAUAUCCUCUCUAGUAUCACAGCUGAUAAACUGCCAUAGUUUUCGGUUGUUUUCCCUAAUUGAAUACCAGUAGCAACCUUUUAUUAUUGCUUCUACUUUCUAUUGAUUACCUUCCUUGUCUGUUUACCAUCUACCUGCCUUCAAUUCUCUAUUUCAGUUUUUCAGUU